UUACUAUAUUCUUGCAUGCUCUGAGGAUCACGGAACACAUUUGUGUGCAGAUUUUUGGAGACUUUUGCUGAAAUUUCGUUCUUUGGCCAUUUUGCUGAGCCAGACUUGGACGUUUGCUGGAGUUCCACGGGUCUCGCAGGGAUCCUCUCCUCCCCUCUGCCACCAUGUCUGAGAAGCCGCGCGUGUACCAGGGCGUCCGGGUGAAGAUCACCGUCAAAGACAUGCUGCUGCAGCACCGGGCGCGCCAGGCCAGCAGCAAGAGGCACAAGACGGUUCACUCAGAACUGAAGGAUCUCUGCGUGUCCACGUUUCAAAGUCGCCACGUAGACCCCUCCCCUGCCGUUUCCCCUCCGGUGGAUGUCAGCAGCUGUGGCUCACAGGCACCGUGCACCACUGCCCUCGCUGCGUUCCCGUUGCAAGACGGUCCGUGGAACCUCCAGAUGCCGGUGAGCACGUUCAGCAGUGUCCAUCAGCAUCAGCAGCACCAUCAGUAUCAGCAGCACCAUCAGCUGCAGCAGCACUUCGGGGACGUGGUAUUGCCUAGCAACGGCUACAGCAGCGCAGCCAGGGUGACCGUGGACUACAGCGCCCCCCUGCCACCCCUCCCACCCCUCCCAGCCUCGUCCCCGCUUCCCUGGUGCCACGCAGUGUCCUCGGAUGCAGACUACUACGGCCAUGGGAUGGCCGCCUGCUCCUCAUCGGAGUCUCUGACGCUCUGCAACCCCCCCGACCACAACAGCUACUCGCCGCAGGACUCCUUCUCAUCCUCGUCCUCCUCGUGCUACGACUCCCCCACCAGGAUGAACUGCAGCUACAGCAGCUUCCCCUCGGAGCACUACAGCUACCGGCACUGCGACCCCCGAGAGCAGUGCUGGCCGGACCAGCCGGAGGGCAUGGCCCCCUCCGAGUGCAACCCCUUCUACAGCCCCACAGACUAUCCAUACGCCUGUCCUGUGGAGGAGAGCUACUUCAGGAAGGACUUACCGCUCAGCUCUGAAGUGUGUUACAAUGUUCUAUGAAGAGAAAUGCGGUAGUAUUAAUUCAGCCUGAUUGUAAACACCUUCCAAGUAUUUAGACAGACUGAUUGCUUUAUGGUCUGCUCUGCGUUCGAGCUGCACUGGAGCGUCAGAGCCACGCUGAACGGACGGGGGCCGCCACUAUCUUUUCUCUGUUUUUUAUUUUUUUGGCAACUCAGAUUUAUUUUUAUAUACACAAUGCAUUGCUGCACAAAAUAAAAAUAUGAAAACACACAAAGGUGCUUCAGGUGGAUUCAUGUUUUAAAGAUGUCAUAAAGUAAAAAAAAAAACAACACAAUUUUUAGUUUAGUUUAGUCCCUCAACACUGCAAAAAUGUGGGUGAACUGAAAAUGAUCAGCACAGCAUGAUGGAUCAUCAAAUGGUCAUAUUCCUGGGAG